AAAUAGUUCUGUUAGUAAGACAUUUGCGUGAGGUCUGAUUUUUUAUUUUAUUUUAAAAAAUAAAUAAAUGAAUUAAAGUUACUACAAAAAAAAGUGACUGAAAUAUUACACAUGGCAUAAAUCUGCUGUUAAUUCAGACGUAUUGAGUAUUUAAUAUUAAGAGUUGCGGUUGCUAUGGGCGACGCGUUUGACCAAUCAGAGUGCGUGUUGUUGUGCAGCCGUGUUGAUGAAGGCGUCACUGGAUACCAGGUGAAGGCUGGGUGAUAAAACUAUAACUUUCCCUGGAUAUCACUGAUCUGAACGCUUCAGGAUGACUGCAGGUUCUGUUGUGGCUCCAUUCAUCAUUCCCAUUCGGAUUCCGACUCCUGGGAAAGCCAAGCAUGAAAUAGACACCAAUACGCCCAUCGAGAUCAAGUCAGACAGCCCUGAUGUGAGAAUCUUCUACACCCUGGAUGGCAGUAAACCGGAGUUGGUGCGAAGGCCAGGGCUCGGGGACAGCAGCACGCUGAGAUACACCGAGCCCAUUCGUUUACCCAGUGGCAAAGUGCAUGUCAGGGCCAUGGCUGUGACCAGCGAUGGAAGACAGAGCGCCGUUGUUACAAAGGUCUUCGUGGUGGAUUGUGUGCCAUCUGAGCUCCAAGAACCCCCUGAGGACAAUCAGGAGAGCUCUGCAAACCGUUUUGAGCAAAGUGACUUCAAACAUGAGCAGGUGAAUGGUGCUGGAGAUGUUUCUGCAAAACUUUUAGACUCCGCACGGCGCACUCGAAAAGGCCCGCGUUUUCUGCCCCAGCGUUUACAGAGUGCACCGGUAGCCCCGCCCACAAAACGGCCACAGAGUACAGGAGAUGGAGAUGGCCUGCUGAAAAACCUGAGCAGCACACAGAUAUCUCGCCUCCAGAGAGAAACCGAUUUCCUCAGGUGUUAUAAGUGUUUGAGCCACCGGCCCUCAGACCCCUUCGCCCGGUUCUGUCUGCAUUGCGGAGCUCCGGUGCCACCGAUCCCAGGACAGAGACUACCUCCUACUGAGGGGGGGCAGAUGAUCCUGUGUGUGCAGUGUAAGAGCAUGGUGCCAGCGAACACGUCCUCAUGUGUGGUGUGUGAGGCUCCUAUUUCCCCACAGCUUCAACCACAGGCCAGCCUGAGGCUGCAGGGCAAACUGAUCUGUCCAUCAUGCGGCACAGGAAACCCCGCCCACAUCACCUACUGUGUGACAUGUGAGACCAGACUCAAGUCUCAAGCCAGCACUCCUGUGUUGAGCGGACAGCGCGCUCCUCCUCUGCCCUCCUCGGAAGGGAAGAUGGUUCCCUGCUCCAAAUGUAACAGAGUAAACCAUUCAGAUGCUCGAUUCUGCGACUGGUGUGGUGCCAAGCCUGGCCACACAGCCAAGUAUCUGACCUGUUCCAAAUGUGGAGCAAGCAGCCACCCGUAUGCUAACUUCUGUGGAAGCUGUGGCGUGUUCCUGGAAGGUCCGCCCCGAGGGUCUGGCAACAGUUUGCAGCCGAGUGCGCGAGAGGACGCGCUGGAACCCGAGCAGAGUUCAUCUACACGUCAUGUCCCGGUAGCGAGCGUGAUGAGGGGUGUGGACGCACAGACCCAGACUGCUGGCCUCUUUUACCCCUCCAGCACUGAUCUGCAGAAGCGGAGCCAGCAAAGAGAGGCGGAGCUUAGCAGACAGGGGCAGAUGAGUGACAGGAAGCUUUUACUCUCAGCGGUCAGUCCUGGACGAGGAUUCUGGAGGAAGCAGCUGGAUCACAUCUGCGCUCACCUGCGCAGUUACACGCAAAACAAUAGUGAGUUCAGAGCGCUGGUUGGAGAGCCACGGAUGGGCAGGCUGAUCUCUGCUGCGAUUGAAGAGGACAGCUAUGAGGUCAGCCUGCGUGUUAACUUCGUCCUGGCUCCUCCAGACAGAUCCAGGUCAUCGCCAGCAGGGCAGCUAGAUGGAUCGUUCCGUGAGAAACUUAAUCUCAGUGAUGUUACUGAGGGGAGGAGCAAGCUAACCACCAGCCAGACCAGCCUAGCUACAUUGAGUGAAGCCACAGCGCCUGGAACAAGUGCUAGGAACCGGAAGAAGAGCUGCACUUCAGCUACAACUGAGCAAUCACCGGUGUCCAAAGACAGCCUGCUACUGAGGGAGGUGGGGCCAGAGGGGCGGGGCCGAAUCUCAGUGGUGGAGCAGCUCUUGGAUGAGGGUGCCAACCCGUCAUGCCUGGACAGCCACGAGCGUCCACCUCUGGUUUCAGCUGUGCUAAACGGACACCAUGACGUCAUCCCUAUGCUGGUGCAGAAAGGUGCAGAUGUUGACCAACUUUCAGGGAAGAGGAAUAACAGCGCCCUGCACGAGGCUGCAGCUUCGGGGACCGAAGGCUUGAGGAGUGCGGAGAUUUUGCUCGGAUGCAACGCAAGUUUGAGAACCCUGAACAACCACGGUCAGACACCGUACAACGUGGCCGAGGCUUCAGGCUGCAGCUCGAUGCUCUCACUAUUAUCGGCUCACGGGGGACGGGGCGGGAUCAACACCCGGAGCUCCUCUGGACUCGACACGUUCUCUUAAGUAGCCAAGAGAAACCAGCUGAAUAUGUGGACUCGUUUGUGGCACAGAGAAAAACAUAACAUAACAUCUGGAAAAACAUAAUUUCUGUUUUAACUUGAGAUGACCUAUUUAGGACCGUUAUUUUUUCUCAGUUAUUUUUGUAUGAAUGCAUGGCUCCAGAUUCAGCCUAAUGUGCGAAUUCCUGGUAUAAGUUCUCACUUGUACAAAGAAAACAUUCCAAAAGUGUUUCCAAUUCAUAAUGCAGAUAUUCCAAUCAGAGUAUCUCUGAUUCCUGGAAACCCCCCCCCCCCUUUUCCCCCUAGCUCACAUUAGUAAUGGUUUGCCUGGUGUGAGUCAGUUUGAGGUUUUGAUUAUAGAAGUGUUUACAGGUAUGUGAUUAGUGAAUAAUGCCAUUCUGAGGUGUCCUGCUGG